UGUUCACUCACAGCAGGUCAGUCAUUCAGAGGCUUUGGAAAGAUCAACAAUCCCAGUUUAAUUGGCUUUCAACAACUCAGAUGGAAACAAAGCUCAGUUUGCCGAAGCUGAUCAUGAAGAGGGGAGAGCGACAUGGGAAAAAGAGCAAGCCUCAGAGAAAAGAGGACAGGCAACCUUUGUUGGAGGCUAAUGUUACAGAUGGGGACAUCUGGGUGGAACUGGGACAGAAGCUGGCCCAGGAUGUGCUCAGCAGUGUGACACUGCAGGGAAACCCCAGCAUUCCAGAGAGCCGGCCCGCCAAGGAUUUGACAGCGGUGGUGAAGCAAGUGGUAAUGGACAGUCUAUCGCAGCGGGGGGUCGAUUUUGGUCACAUGCAGAGUAAAGUCUGCUUGGAAAAACAUCUGAGGAUGGUUCUGGGUGGGGUGCUUGGUGAGCUUCAGCGGCAGAACCCAGGUCCUGGAGUGGCCUGCGUUCAGGAUGCAGUGGUGGACGCCCUUCAUUGCUACGUGUUUGUACAGCUGAAUCACACCUUGCAGUGUGAGUCUGCACAGGAACCUCUACUGCUGAUCCAGAACGUAGCCAAGGUGUACCUAAGUGAUGCAUCGAUGGGGUAUCUUAAUACGGCAAAUCAGACCUCCAAAGCAGUUGACCCGGUGGUUGUCGCAGACUGGCUGCAGAGUGCACAAAUGAAAUACUUGGAAUCUGCCACGAAGGACAUUCCUGAGCUCCUGGCGAGGAUUCUUCGGUAUGAAGAGGAGUGGCGGUGCUCCAGUGAUCUGAGGACCGAGGAAGAUUUUAUCUGGCUGCAGUUGGAUGUUGAGCAGCUCCUUGUAGGUCGUAUCCAGCAGGCAGAGAAGGUGAGCCAGUGCUUAAUGGAAAGGGUUCAAGAGAUUUGCUAUCAUGAGCUGUUGCACUUCAUAAGGAGAUAUGUGAAAAGCGAAACAGGACAUCUAAAACAAGAACAAAAACCAGACGAAUCCAGUCGCAGACACCAGUUCCGGACAUUCAAUACCUGCAUGACUUUCAAGAAGUUAGUACAAACAAUGGCAAGGGGAAGAGCCGACUCUCUUGUCCAGGCCAUCACACUCUUGGAAAACAUGCAGACGAUGGCCCUGGAGCUGCUCCUGGAGAAACCCCUGCACUUAACACGGACCUCCUUCAAGAUGUAUUUCAAAGGGCGAGAUAUUAGCAUGGAGGAAGUGAUGUGGCAGGUUGGGCCACACUUUGAAAGCCUUCCGUUAAAGGGGAAGGAGGCACACAAGGAACUUGUAGAUGUCGCCCACUUUCGCAUCUCUUCCCUGUACUUUGAUUGCCUGUUGCUUAGCAACCGCAAGGCCCUGGAAAGACAGUGGGAUGAUAUCGGGGCGAGAGUGAGAGCAGAUGCAAUAUGUUUGAGCAGCACUUUCUCACAGCUCUCAAAGAUAACUCAGCAGGGCAGCAAACAGUGUGACGGACACAACGUGGACCAGCAGAACCCAGAGGAACCCAGUGUGACCCAGAGGAACCAGAUGCUGUUGAAGGUGGCUGAUGUCCUGCAGCUGACUGAUGUGGAAGCCUUGAAAGUAACAGGCCAUGAGAAGCUGAAUGAAUUGAGUCCGAAGCAGCUGCGUGCCCUGUUGCACUGGAAAGGAGGGCUGUCAAAGCAGCAGGUAAAACAGGUGAUGAAGACCAGCGGAGAUGAACACCACGCCCAUGGCUCGUCAGAAUCCAAGGAUCGAUCUAGGUUCAUCUGCUGCUGUUGAGAUAGUUGUCUGUGUCCAUCUUCUGUCAUCUUAAAGGCAACAAAUGAAGGAAAACACCCCGUGAAAAAAGAGAACCGCUCUCAGCAAGAAGUGUUGGUCAAGAGGCUAAAUGUUUUGUCAUCAACUGUGUAUUUGCCCAACAGGAAUGUAUUGUGGGAGCAAAAAAUGCCAAGCAUUUUUAAUGUAAAUAUUAUUGUAAGAAGACUUCGGAUUGGUUCGUUUUGAUAGAGAGGAUGAAACUAGGCACAGGGUUGCUGUUGAUACACACAUUCAUCAAUUUAAGACUACAUACAUUUUUGUGUUUGCAUACAUCAGGUCCAAAUAUAACAAUAUUUCCUUGACGUAGUGAUGGGCGAUAUGACGAUUUUUUUUAUUGGAAGUGGUUACAGUCGUAUCCAUGGUUUCAAAGGUAUCGCAAGAAUCGCAGGAUAGCAUAUUUACGUUAACUUCUGUUUAGCAGACGUUUAAGUCUGGGCAUAUGCAGGAAAAACCAUGAAAUUGCAUAAGUUCUGCUUUAAAUAAUGGCAUAAAAAUAUAUGACAACAAAUGUUACAGACAAACUAUAUUUAUGACUGUAAAAGGAUUAUCAAUGCGUUAACUGAUGCCGCGAAAAACUGUAAGUUAUUUCACUAUAUGCAGUGCGGUCUUUGUCCACCAGGGGGAAAUAAAGGACAGAAAGCUGUGGGAAAACG